AUGGGAAAGCUCUCUCUGUUGAUAUGUAGAGAUGGAAACAGUCGAACAGCGCUGUCUCUCUGUUGCUGUGGCUGUUUGAAUCCGAAAAAAAAACCAUUCGCCGCUGCAUAUUUGGUUCGUGGCGCUCACAAACACGUCUUGCAUCGAUUUUAUGUAAUAAAUCGCUUCGUUUCGACGUGUUUCUAGCUAUAAUUAUGUUGUUUUCAGGGAAAAAUGUGCUCGUCUUUAACUCAACUCGUCUUCGGAGUGGUUAUGCUAGGCGCCAUCGCACUCACUCUCGGAGCCACGUUCUCCGACAGUCAGUAUGCGGUAUUAUCGCAAAUAAUUUUCGUUUUUCAGAGUGGAGAACUCUUGAAGCCGACCUUUACACCGCUUACGAAGACGUGAAAUCGAAUCACACGGAGCGACUGACCGGAAUUCUGCCCUUCUUCUGCGAGAAUGAUGCUGCUGGAUGUGCCGCCUUCUGGAAGGUAUGGAUUCUGUGCCCGAAGUGGUUCACAUACUGUCAGUUCAGGAAAUGAAGCCAUACGAGAAGAUUGUCGCAAUUUGCAUGAUCACCGCCCUACUUCUCGAGAUUAUCGCUUUCAUCUGGAACUUCCUCACCUCGUAGAGUUUGCUAUGCCACGUCUCACAAAAAACAGAAUUUCAGAUGCACGUGCUGCUUCAAAAAGUACCUCCUCCAUCCGUUGUCCCCACUCUCCUUCCUCAUCACUCUGUUCUUGACAGUGGCUAUCGGGGUCUUCUACUAUUACAGUGACGAAGUGAAAAGUGCGUUUUCAAAAGAAACGUGGCCAGAGUUGAGCGGCUUUCCGCCUUCCGCCCCCGCUCCGUCUACCGCUGCGCUCGCGCUUCGCCUUCCGCUUCCAGCUUUCAGCUAUCCGCUUCCCGCUUUCUGCAAUCCGCAAAAAUGUUCACGCGACUUUUCGUCUUCCGCUUUUCAAAUUAUUCAUUUCGCUUAACUCUGGCCGUGGCUCUUUUUUUCCAGACGAUGUGAACAUCCAACAGCUCUUCGAUGCCAAUGCUAAGGACCUGAACAUCAAUGCAAGUUGCCGAUGGAAUUAUCAACGUUGAGAAUUCGUUUUCAGAUCGGAUCUGCCUUCUGGAUGGCCGUCGGAGCCUGGUGCCUUGCCGUCGUUGACACAAUCCUCGCCUCGUUCGCCAUCUUUUUUGCUCAGCACGGUGUCUAA